AACAAAUACAACAGAAUGGACGAAGACAACGUGCAGGACAAGGAGCGCUUCGCCAGUAGGGAAAACCAUUGCGAGAUCGAGCGGCGGAGGCGAAACAAAAUGACUGCCUACAUCACGGAGCUGUCGGACAUGGUGCCGACCUGCAGUGCUCUGGCGCGGAAACCGGACAAGCUGACGAUCCUGCGGAUGGCCGUCGCGCACAUGAAGGCAUUAAGAGGAACCGGCAAUACCAACACGGAUGGGUCGUACAAACCAUCCUUUCUAACCGAUCAGGAGCUGAAGCACCUGAUACUGGAAGCCGCAGAUGGAUUUCUGUUUGUGGCGGGCUGUGAUACAGGACGCAUCAUUUACGUGUCCGAUUCGGUGACGCCGGUGCUGAACUACUCCCAGAACGAAUGGUACAGCGGGAGCCUUUUCGACCACAUCCAUCCGGACGAUAUUGAGAAGGUGCGCGAACAGCUCUCGACACAGGAACCGGUCAACAGUGGACGGAUACUGGACCUCAAAACCGGCACAGUCAAAAAGGAAGGCCAUCAAUCAUCGAUGAGAUUAUGUAUGGGUUCGAGACGGGGGUUUAUCUGUCGGAUGCGAAUCGGACCACUAACGCCCGAAUCGAUGGCACUCGGGCAUCUGAAUCGGCUACGAAGGAAAAACUCACUCGGCCCGUCAACCGACGGUCAUAACUACGCGGUAAUGCACUGCACAGGGUACAUAAAGAACUGGCCACCGACCGAUAUGUUUCCAGGUGUAACGAUCGACCGGGGGCAGGACGAUGAGCUGCACAAUACGCACUGCUGUUUGGUGGCGAUCGCACGGCUACAGAUCACCUCCUCCACCACGGCGAACGAUCUGAACUCGAACAAUCCGAACGAGUUUAUCUCGCGCCACGCCAUGUGCGGCAAGUUCACGUUCGUCGACCAGCGGGUGAUCGGUGUGCUUGGGUAUCAGCCGGUCGAUCUGCUCAACAAAAGUUGUUACGAUUUCUUCCACCCGGAUGACAUUGCUCAUAUGAAGGAAAACUUUGAUCAAGUGCUAAAGCAAAAGGGCCAAAUGUUCUCCGUCAUGUAUCGGUUCCGGGCGAAGAAUAAGGAGUGGGUUUGGAUGAGAACGCAGGCGUACGCCUUCCUCAAUCCGUACACGGACGACAUCGAGUAUGUCGUGUGUACGAACAGCUCAGCAAAGGCACUCCAUUCGUCCCACGAUACGGUAACGGCACCGGAGCAAACGGAUACACCGGUCGCGUCCUACCCGGCACCCGGAUUGGAUUAUACGCUGCCCGGCCGAAGGGACACGACACCGUCGAGCAAUAUCUACAAUCCUCACAAUCUGAUUUCACACUUGCCAUCGCAGCCGCAGACAGCAGCACAGGCGGCCGCCGCUAGCAGUAUUCAACGACCGGAAAGCGCACACAAUGCCGUGCAGUACAGCUACAAUCCGACCCCAUCGCCAAUACAGUACGGUUCACCGGGAACGCCUAGUGGUGGAGCGACGGGUACGUUGGGGCAUAUUCCCAAAACUAACAAUACCUCGCCAACGCCGGCAGCCACUGCGUGGACCCUGCGACAGCCUCAACCCGUCACCGAAGGUUACCAGUACAGUGAACUAAGUCCGAACCGGUCACCGACCGGCCCAACCUACACCCAGCUUAACGCAUCUCGUCAAACGUCCACCUUCACACCAUCAUCACAAACCGGACCGGGUAUCUGGAGUGGAUGGCAAUCGCACCAUCACGGAACCGGUCCGGAACCGAUGCAAACGGGUGGAUCCGGUGGUACGACCAAUGGUCCCGGUUCGUCACACACCUCCGUUGGGCUAGCGCAAGACAUGGCCACCGAUAAUGCCCAGCAGCACAUGCAACAGCAGCAACAGCAACAUCCAGCCCUCCACGGCACUGGGGGUGGUGGCGGAGGUGGAGGUGCUGGAACUGGUGGCGGUGGUGGUGGAGCACCACAUCAUGUACCGCCCCAUCCGCAACACCCGCACGCCCAUCAUCCGGUGCAGCAUCCGCACCAUCCGCACCACCACCAUCACCACCAUCCAGGACAGAUCCAUCCCGGGCAUCAUCCGGUCGUGGGGCAACAUCCCGGCCAGGGCCACGAGCUAACCGAUAUGCUUCAGAUGCUCGACCAGAGCGGGACCACCUCUUUCGAGGAUCUUAACAUUCACAUGUUCAACACGCCGUUCGAAUGAAAC